GCAGGUGAUUGUCCAAAAAAUAUUGUUUUAAUUCUACAUCUUAACAGUAGGUAUGCUAACAGAAUAAAAAUAGUCAAUUCACAAUGAUGUUUUUUAAGAUGACAAUAACCGAAUAGAUUAAUUACUAUUUAUAUACAGUUAUAAUAAUAUGACAUCUAUAUCUUAGCCUUAGUCCAUCAAUUGAGAUGAAAUUAUGAAUGUAGGAGUAUUGUGAAAUUAAAUGUUUGUACAUGUUGUACUCAUUAAUAAACAGUACCUACUUAAUAACAUAUACAUUUAUUAUUAUGCAAAAUUAUACUUCUAUGUUGGUAUAGUUGAUACAGCUAUAGACCAUAAUAAUAUUUAAUUAAUUAUGUAUUAUUUGUGUAAUUCCAUUUUAGCUGUUCAAAUGUUCCCGUCUGGCUAUAAAUUUAUAUCUAUAAAGGUUACCUAUCAUGUACAGUAGACUGCAGCGGUGUGAUAAAUUAUUAUCGUUUCGCACCUACAUUAUAUUAAUGUAAAGGACACGCGUGUGGUUAUGCAUACAAGGCGACACGUUAAAUAUCCCAAUACAGCGAUCACAUAAUAAGCUAUGACAGGUGCGUGUUUAUAAUUUUAUAUCGACGUAGUAUCCGACGACGAUUAUUUAAAAUGUUGGCGAAAAGAAAUAAAGCAUAUAUCUCCGGUGUAUGUAGUUGGUCGUGGGCGAUGAAUUCGGGUCGAGUGUACUAAAUUACGAUUUAAACGCGAAAAACAUAACAAUUACAAACGGAGCGAAAAUAAAAAACCAAACCGCGACGUAUAAUAAUAAAAAUAAAAAUAAUGUUAUAUUAUUGUUGGAAAUUAUAUAUUAUUAACAUAUUAAGUACAAUUAUUAUUAUGAUGAUGAUCAUAGACUCGCGUGCGCGCGGCCAAAAGGAAAAGUAAAAAAACGAUCGGUCUUAUGCCGCUUGAGUGCGCGGUCGCCGGCGGCGUUACACACACGAGACCUGCGCGGUCGUGGAUUGGCCGUUGCCGCGGAGGGGACAAGUCUCCGGCGACGGGGACGACGCCGCCGACCCGCGCGCCACACCCGACCCGUUCCAAGAGCCGGCCACCACGGCCGCCGCCGCCGCUGCGCGUGUGCACGCCGGUUCGCGCGCGCGCGCGCCCGUGUAAGUAUUGCCGUGUGGUCGUGUGCGCGCGCGUGUGUGAGUGUGAGAAUGUGUGCGCGCGCGUCCGGAGAGAGGUAACGCGACGACUGCGACGCGGACGACGACUGCGACGAGACGACGACGGUCGACUGGGCCACGCCAAUACCCUCCGCGCGCCGCCCGGGUCAUAAACGAUCUCACAAACAAGUGCUCAACGUUCGGGAAAUUACCCGCGCCGCCAUAUAAUAUUAUAUCGCCAAAGGCCGCCGCCGUCGACAGUGAUCGCGUCGCCGCCGCCGUCGCGCGGGUUCUUUUUAUUUUUCCGCCGCUAUUACACACGGUUUGAAAAUAUUAUUUCGAUUAUAUUGUAAUAUUGUCCCGUUCGUUUUAUUUUUUUAUACUAUAUACUCUCGUCAAUCCGCGGUUUUUAUAUCCACACGCAUUCCCGUGUCGGUCGUGCAGUGCCCGUACAGUGUGCGUGUAGUCGUCCGCGAUAUUUUCGGGCUUUGAAUAAAAAUACGUCGACAAUUUUUUUAAAUUUUUUAACGCCGUGCGUUUGGUUUAACGACGACGAUAUACGAACUGCGUCACGACAGCAUAAUGCGGUGGCGUUGACCGACUCUCGCACAUAUAUCCAUAAUAUUUUUGAAGACCUCAAAAAUAAAAAAAAGGACUGGUUUUUAUAAAACCGUGCACAACACGACAUUAUACGGACGUGCGACCAAUAAUUGCACCGCUGUGUACUAAUCCUGUCUCCGGUCGCAACUUACGCGCCCGUCAUGAGUUCAAAGUUCAUCAUUGACAGUAUGCUGCCCAAGUACCACCAACAGUACCAUCACCAGCUCUUGAACCCCGUCAUCACGUCCGGCGGCGGGCUGGACUCGUCGGCCGUCAACUACAGCUUGACGCCCAACAACUCGUCGUCGAGCAGCGCGGGCGGCUCGCCGCCGUCCACGUCGUCGCUGGUCUCGCCGGCCGCCAACCGCAUGUACCCCGCGUACGCCGUCCACCAUCACCAACAGCAGUUCGGCUCAGGCGCCGGUUCCAUGGCGUUCACGUCGCCCGGUUCGGCCGCCCUGGCCGCUGCCGUCCAGGACGCCGCGGACAAGACGUCGUCGUCGUGCCGGUACGGCGGUGGCGUCGGCGGCGUGAGCGUCGGUGGCGUGUCUGCAGCCGACACGAUGGUCAACAGCUACGCCGCUUUGCACCAUCACCACAACCAGAACGGCGCCGGCGGGACCGGUGCCGUGUCGUCCAUGGCCGCGGCCGCUCAGUUCUAUCACCAAGCGGCCGCCGCGUCUGCUGUGGCCGCUGACCCGCUCAACACCGCGUGCGCUGGACAGCCCGGCGCCCCCGGACCGCAACCCAUGCCCGACAUACCCCGGUAUCCGUGGAUGUCCAUUACAGAUUGGAUGAGUCCGUUCGACAGAGUUGUUUGUGGUCCGAACGGAUGCCCGCGUCGUCGCGGUCGGCAGACAUACACCAGAUUCCAGACGCUGGAGCUGGAAAAGGAAUUCCAUUUCAAUCACUAUUUGACCCGGAGGCGGAGGAUCGAGAUCGCGCACGCCUUGUGCCUGACCGAGCGACAGAUCAAGAUUUGGUUCCAGAACAGGCGGAUGAAACUCAAGAAGGAGUUGCGGGCUGUCAAGGAGAUCAACGAGCAGGCCCGCCGGGAACGGGACGAACAGGCCAAAAAGCAGGAUCACACGAAAAUGGACGUAGUAGGCGGUGGCGGCGGUAUGCACCAACAGCAACAACAGCAACAGCAGCAGCAGCAACAGCAACAGCAGCAGCAGCAGCAAAUGUCGCACCAUCAGAUGUCUCACGAUCAGCAGCAGCACAAGCUGCAGAUGGGCGGUCUGGACAAAGGAUCCGCCGACAUGCUCAAAGCCAAAACGUAAACGCCGCGGGCUAGCCAGCGACGACGUUUCGCGCACAGUAAUAGAGUAAUAAUAAUAAUAAUGAUAAAUUAUAAUUACAUGUCGCAUGAUUAUUAUUGUUAUUGUUUUGAUAAUAACGUUGUAUAGAAUUUCUCUUUCGAUUCGAAAAAUACGUAAAUAAUUUAUAAAUAUAUAUAAUAUAUUUAUUCUCUUUAUAUAUAUAUAUAUACAAACUAUUCUUACAUAAUAUUUAUACAUAUUAUAUAUUACAUUCAUAUAGACAGUUAAUUUAAAUAAUAACUAAUUAUAAUAUUAGCAUUAAGGACUAGAAAAAGAAAAAAAACGGAAAAAAAAUAUUUUACUAAUAUAAUAUAAAAAACGUUUUGUCAAGAAAGUAUUUUUCUCGAUAAAUGUUUCGGCACGAGAAACGACGCGAUUUUCACAUUCGUAGGCCUACAUUUCUCUGUCCGUUUUUUACUAGUACUAUAAAUAUUUGAGAAAAAUAUUGACUGUCCGAGAGAAUAAAAAUCGCUUCCCUCGGUCACCGCGAAGGUCUACGACUCCGCAAUUAUUAUUGUUAGUAUAAUAUUAAUAAUCAAUAUUGCGGCCGUUGUUUGAUCAGCGCGGGGAUCGCCUCUUUAUGUAUUCUUCUAUAAACUAUAAACUAUAAUGAUAAUAUUAUAAUAUGAUGUUUAUUACUUAUUUUUUUUUUCGUCUUAAUUCUUCGUCUUACGACUCAUAUUAUUGUUUGAUAUAUAUUUUGAUAAUAUUAUUUAUAUUAUAUAUACGCAUUUCGCGCCCAUAAAAGUAUAAAAAUUCCGUUCGUAAAUAUACGUAAAAACCCUUGUAUCCGGUAUCCGGAAACCUGUGCGGAAUCGCUGGUCGGACCGCCACAAUAUUAUUUAAUUGGCUGUCUGUCGAUUUCUCAGUGUUUUUACCUGUACCUAUACUGUACCCCUAAUAACGCAUGGGGUUUUCAUUCCUACACUCUCCUCCACAUUAAAUACAUUUGUACAGUUGUCACGACAAUGGCGGUGGAGAAGAUUGUUCUCAUUUUUUUCGUCCGCACCCGGUGUGUAAAGGUCGCGUGGUGCAACGACGGGUACAGGUAUACUUCGUUCGGGACUCGCGGAUAUCAUGCCGGGGUCCGUUUUUUAGAUACAUUAUUCCGAGGUAUUUUCAAACGGCGGCCGACGUUGUUCCUACUUCGCAAGUAUUAUUAUUAUAAUAAUAUUAUAUUAUACAUGAUACGAUAUUGUUUCGUUUGUAACGAUACGAUUUUUUUAUUAAUUUAUGUUUGUUUGUUAUGUUUAAUUCAGGCGCGUAAACCGUGUACGACUUUCCUUUUUAUUUUUUCCUGUUCCAUAUCAUUUUUGUUUCGUUUAAGUUUCCGAACGGCGGAGUUACGUUUUCGCCGAUUUCUUCUGGUUCAAGUUUGUAUACGUUUUUUUCACUGACGUUUUCGUUCAAAUCUAUUACGUUUUUAUUUUAUCAUUUUCUUUCCUCGUAUGUUGUGAUCAAUAUUUUUUUAUUUUUUUUUUUUUUAGUUUUUAUUACAUUUACCACGGUAAUAUCGUUUAGCUGGUUCUUUUUAUGUUCAUAUUCCUAGAUAAAUAUUGUUUCUUUACUUCUAUCAUUAAGCGUAAUAUAUUAUAAUAUAAUUUGUUUGUUUAUACUCGUCGUGUAGGUUUUAUUUAACGAGAUAAAUACAUAAAAGAAAAUGACCAAAUACAUCCUGAUGUUUACCGAGUAAAGUAUUUUCCCCCGACUUUUAUGUAAAUAUAUAUAGAUUAAUGCUUUAUUAAUAUUAAUUUAUUUUUACAAUUUUUCUUACGAUUAAACAUAAUAAUAAACUAUUCAAUUAAUAUAUAUUUAAUUAUUUUUUUGUAUACUGAAGUUUUUUUUUAUUUUUAUUAUUAAUAUUAUUAUUAUUAUUAUUUUGUUUUGUUUUCAUUUGUAUGAUAUAUCUCUAUAUAUAUUUUUUUUUAUUACGCCUAUAUAUAAAUCGGUCGUAAUUCCGACAAUCUAAAACAUAUAUUUUAGGCCUAUCCAAAAUUCAAAAUUUGUAAACAGCUUCUAUAUAGAUAUUAAGAUGUUUAUCGCGAGCGUUUAGACUAUUAUUUAGAUUGAUUGAAUAAUUUUAAAAAUUAUAUACGUAUUAAAAUAUUGUAAUUUAACAUAAUAUAUAGGUACCUAAUAAGCGUUUAUGCAUAUUAUAUUUUUAAGGCCAUCUGAGACAUACAUUGGAAAUGAUUUUUGUUUAUAUCCACAUAUAUACGUAAUUAUAGAUUCAGGGUAGGUUUUUUAAAUUGUACUAUUCGAAUGUCAAAAGUUUAUCGAAACGACAUAGAAUUCCUAUAAUAAUUUAAAAAAAAUAAUUUCAGCAAAACCAUUUUGUUGUCAGAUUUAAUACAUGGAAAUAUGAUAUUAAUAUUCUUAUAUCGUCAUUAUUGUUAAAAAAUAAUAUAUUUUGUUGUUUUACACCAAUUUAAACCGUAAAGCUAAGUGAAAGUUAUUAAAACGAAAGACAAAUACGUAAAUAGCAUUAAUGAAUAUAUUUAUAUAUAUUAUAAAUUAUAAUAUAAUGUGUGAAAAGUCGAUCUGCUAAGACUAAUAUUUUUUAACUAUAUUUAUUACUUAUAUAUAAUAAUGAUACGUUGACUUUUUUUCUCUGUCUAGUGUAUGCAGUUUUUAGCGUAGUGUGUUUACGAUAAUAUAUAAAUACGUUUACAUAUGCGUAUAUAUAUAUUAUAAUACACGCAUAUAUAGCAUAAAUUAUUUUAAUGGAUGUACUUAAUCUGUAAAUACAUAUAUAAGAGUAGUGCAACACUGUAGGCUAUUGUUCAUUUUUUUUUUGUAAUGAAAUGUUAGUUUUAAACAAUAAUAAUGUUUUGUUUUUCAA